AUGGAAACGGGGCCUCAGCUUGUUGCUGUAGCCUCCGUCCUGGUGACUGUGUCGGAGGUGGCCGACGAAGCCAACGAUAAUCUGAAACAGGGGGAAAACCUCCUGCGUCUGGUCCACAUCGAGUUCAGUAUAAAAGGCAAAAGGGAUCUUCUGAAACCAGGACGGAUGUUUGUCAAAGAAGGAACGUUGAUGAAAGUUUCCAGAAAAAGCCGACAGCCGCGGCACCUGUUUCUCGUAAGGAGUGGUGGAGUGGGUGGGAGUGAGUGGAGUGGAGAGGUGGUGGUGGGUGGGAGGUGGGUGAGUGUGGGGGGUUGUGGGUGGUGGGUGUGGGGUGGUGUGGUGGGUGGGGUGUGUGUGGGGGUGGUGGGUGUGGUGGGUGGUGGUGUGUUGGUGGUGUGGUGUGGUGUGGUGGGGUGUGGUGUGUGGGGUGGUGUGGUGGGGUGUGGGGGGUGUGGGUUGGGUGGUGGGGUGGUGGGUGGGGUGGGUGUGGUGGUGGGGGGGUGUGGUGGGUGUGGUGGGGGUGUGGUGUGUGGUGGGUGUGGGUGGGGGGGUGUGGUGGUGGGGUGGGUGUGUGGGUGGUGUGGUGGGGUGGUGGGGUGGGGUGUGGUGGGUGUGGUGGGUGUGGUGUGGGGGUGUGGUGGUGGGGGUGGUGGGUGUGGUGGGAGAGGAGGAGAGGAGAGGAGGAGGAGAGAGUGGAGAGGAGAGAGGAGGAUGUUUGGGUGGAUGCUGACUUCCUGUCAGGAUGUUUGGGUGGAUGCUGACUUCCUGUGUAUGGGAGGGACAGUGAAGGCCACGCUCUGGAGGACUCUGAAGGAGAUGAAUGACAUCAUGCUCUACACUUAUCCUCAACAAGACGGAAAGUACAGACUGAAGAACACUCUGCCUCUGUCUGGGAUGAAGGUGAGUAAACCGUCUCUGGACCUGGUGCAGAACUGUCUGAGAAUCGAGGUUUUGGACGUCACCAUAACUCUGUCAGCCAGCUGUGUAGGGGAGAGAGAGGACUGGUUCCACACUCUGAGUCGGGCGGUGGCGGAUCACGCUGCAGGUCUCUGUACGUUUGGACCCAACACCGAGGCUCGAGAGAAGCUGUGGAUGGCGUUGGGAGAAGCGGCUCCAGUGAUGGCUCCUCUGUCACAGGCAGCGAUCUGCAUGAACUGCACGUCUGACUUCAGCCUCACUCUGAGACGCCACCACUGCCACAGCUGCGGCCAGGUGGUGUGUCGCUCCUGCUCCAGGAACAGGUUUCCUCUGAAGUAUCUGAACGACCGAGCGGCAAAAGUGUGUGAGCGCUGCUUCAUGGAGCUCAGGAGCAGAGGGGGCAGUGUGUCUGGCUGCAGCUCGCGGUCGCCCUCGGCCGCUCGCCCGCUGUCCGCCGUCUUCCACAGUCUUCAGCCGCCAUCUUUGUGGAAGAGCAGGAAGAGCGCGGUGUCACUCACACAGGUGUCUGUCGGGGCGGAGGGCUGCACCAUCAGUGGGACUUUACAGCGGAGAAAGAAAAGCAAAAGGAAAUGGAAACGUCUGUGGUUCCUCCUCAAAGACAAGGUGCUCUACACCUUCACAACCUGUGAGGUGAGGGGCACCCAGUCCCCACACAGCCCCGAGCUCUCACCCUCUCACUCUCUCACCCUCUCACCCUCUCACCCUCUCACCCUCUCAUCCUCUCACCCUCUCAUCCUCUCACCCUCUCACCCUCUCACUCUCUCACCCUCUCACUCUCUCACUCUCUCACCCUCUCACUCUCUCACCCAGUCCCCACACAGCCCCGAGCUCUCACCCUCUCACCCUCUCACCCUCUCACUCUCUCACCCAGUCCCCACACAGCCCAGAGCUCUCACCCUCUCACUCUCUCACCCUCUCACCCUCUCACUCUCUCACCCAGUCCCCACACAGCCCCGAGCUCUCACCCUCUCACCCUCUCACUCUCUCACUCUCUCACCCAGUCCCCACACAGCCCCGAGCUCUCACCCUCUCACCCUCUCACCCUCUCACCCUCUCACUCUCUCACCCAGUCCCCACACAGCCCCGAGCUCUCACCCUCUCACUCUCUCACUCUCUCACCCAGUCCCCACACAGCCCCGAGCUCUCACCCUCUCCCCCCUCUCACUCUCUCACUCUCUCACCCAGUCCCCACACAGCCCCGAGCUCUCACCCUCUCACUCUCUCACUCUCUCACCCUCUCACCCAGUCCCCACACAGCCCCGAGCUCUCACCCUCUCACUCUCUCACCCUCUCACUCUCUCACCCAGUCCCCACACAGCCCCGAGCUCUCACCCUCUCACUCUCUCACCCAGUCCCCACACAGCCCCGAGCUCUCACCCUCUCACUCUCUCACCCAGUCCCCACACAGCCCCGAGCUCUCACCCUCUCACCCUCUCACUCUCUCACCCAGUCCCCACACAGCCCCGAGCUCUCACCCUCUCACCCUCUCACCCUCUCACCCUCUCACUCUCUCACCCAGUCCCCACACAGCCCCGAGCUCUCACCCUCUCACUCUCUCACCCAGUCCCCACACAGCCCCGAGCUCUCACCCUCUCACUCUCUCACUCUCUCACUCUCUCACCCUCUCACCCAGUCCCCACACAGCCCCGAGCUCUCACCCUCUCACUCUCUCACCCAGUCCCCACACAGCCCCGAGCUCUCACCCUCUCACCCUCUCACUCUCUCACCCAGUCCCCACACAGCCCCGAGCUCUCACCCUCUCACCCUCUCACCUCUCACCCAGUCCCCACACAGCCCCGAGCUCUCACCCUCUCACCCUCUCACCCUCUCACUCUCUCACCCAGUCCCCACACAGCCCCGAGCUCUCACCCUCUCACUCUCUCACUCUCUCACUCCAGUCCCCACACACCCCUCACCUCUCACCUCUCACCUCUCACCCUCUCACUCUCUCACCCAGUCCCCACACAGCCCCGAGCUCUCACCCUCUCACCCUCUCACCCUCUCACUCUCUCACCCUCUCACCCUCUCUCACCCUCUCACCCUCUCACUCUCUCACCCUCUCACUCUCUCACCCAGUCCCCACACAGCCCCGAGCUCUCACCCUCUCACUCUCUCACCCUCUCACUCUCUCACCCUCUCACCCUCUCACCCUCUCACCCUCUCACUCUCUCACCCUCUCACUCUCUCACCCAGUCCCCACACAGCCCCGAGCUCUCACCCUCUCACUCUCACACUUUCUCACACACCCUCUCACUCUCUCACACUCACACACUCUCUCACACUCUCUCACCCGCUUUACACUGUGACACACUGUACAGUUUAGUGAUAGAGUUAGCGUCUGUGCUAGUUAGCGACAAAGUAGCUUCAGAAAGUCUUCCUCUUCAGGGCUUUUCUGUGAAACUGUCGGAGCGUCCGGACGGAGAGGAGUCCAGCAGCGUGUUCCAUCUCUACCACAAGAGGGCGCUGUGCUACACGUUCAGGGCCGAGGAUCAGCACGCCGCUCGCAGAUGGGUCAAUGCCAUCGAGGAGGCCACGGUUUUAUAA